AUGGUUUUCUACAGAGGAAGAGUUCCAGGCGGAAGAAAGACCGAGUGGAAGAUGAAUGAGUACAAAUCCAUUGCAGGAGAAGCUUCUUCGUCAGCAAGUGCAACUCCAAAGUUAAGACAAGAGCUCAGUUUGUGUCGAGUCUACUUAAAAUCGACAAUCUUGAAAACAUUUGACAGACGACUCUUAGGAGUGAUGACAGAUGAAGCAACAUUUCACCGACCUCAUCAACUUAACAAGGCAAGUACAUUUCACCAAAACCCUCCAAUGAUGGUGAUCAGAACAAGUUCUACAGAAAACAAAUCCACAGGAGACGAUGCCAAUCCUUCUCAAGUUAUGGAAAAUGAUAUAAUGAACUUGGAUGUGCCUCUUGAUAAUGAUUUUUUGUGGGAUUGGGAUUAUUUGAAUUGGUUUUAA